AUGGCACCUGUCGCCCUCAACGACAGUCGCAUGCCGCAGAAUGGCGGUGCAGCCGCUGCAUCCUCCUCAUCAAGGCCAUAUCAACCUCUCGGCCAUGUCCCUGUCUACACUGCCGCCGACUUCCCUAAACCGAGGCCAGUCCCAAACCUCAACUAUCGCACUUCCACAUAUUGGAACUCGGAAUGUCCCAUCGCCAUCGACAAUGGCUCUAGCGAGCUUCGUGCCGGCUUUGCUCUCUCCGAUGCCGCCGACCGAACCUCGCUCUCGCAGCAACCAUUCUUCGCAUACGACAACCUCAUCUCCAAAGUUCGCGAUCGCAAAAAGAACCUUACCAUGCUUCUGGUCGGAACCGACGUCUACGCUGACGGUCUCUCCAGAAGCUCGAUCCGCAGUCCAUUCGAUAAUGACGUCGUGACCGGAUGGGAUGCCAUGGAGAUCGUUCUCGACUAUACCUUUUCCAAUCUCGCCAUCGACACGGACAGAGUACAGCAUCCGAUCUGCAUGACCGAAGCGCUCUGCAACCCAGCUUACAGCAGAGGCAUCAUGAACGAGCUCAUGUUCGAAGCGUAUCAGGUGCCAUAUGUCAACUAUGGUAUCGAUGCUCUCUUCUCAGCUUAUCAGAACAAUGUGGGGCAAGAUGCGCUCGUAGUAUCUUCAGGUCGAUCCAGCACUGUCGUCAUCCCCACCGUCGCAGGAAAAGGCAUCCUCAACAACUCCAAACGUCUUGCUUGGGGUGGCGCACAAGCUUCCGACCUCCUCUUGCGAUUGAUACAACUCAAAUACCCCGGUUUCCCUGCCCGUGUCACACCUUGGCAAGCGCAGAAUAUGCUCGAAGAGCUCUGCUACGUUUCCGAGGACUACGCAUCCGAUAUCAAAGGCAUGGCUAUGAUGCCUGCCUCUCACAAAUCCUACAACCCUACCAGCUGGACUCCUAUGGAAAAAGCCGACGUCAUCAUUCAGUUCCCCUUCCAAGAUGCACUUCCCGAGCAAAAGUCACAAGAAGAGCUUCGCGCUCAAGCUGAACGUCGUAAAGCUGCUGGAGAUCGUUUGCGAGAACAAACUCGCAAGAUGCGUCUCGAAAAGAUGAUGCAGAAGGAAAACGACCUGAAAUAUUACCAGCAGCUAAAAGAGUUCAAGGGCAAGGAACGUAAAGCCGAAUACCUCAAACGUCUCGAGAAUGACGGCUUUGAUAGCGAACAGGCUCUGGACAAGAUGAUCAACAAGAUCGAAGGUGCUCUCAAACGAUUCCGUGCCAAAGAACUCGGCGAGGAAUACAUUCAAGAUGAGAAGCAAGAAGUGCCUACUUUUCCUCUCGUCGAUGUUCCCGAUGUCGACCUGGAUGAAGAAGGAAUCAAAGAGAAACGCAAACAACGUCUCAUGAAAGCAGGCUAUGACGCUCGACUUCGCGCAAAAGCAGAGAAAGCCGAAGAGAAGCGUCUCGAAGAGGAAGCGCUCAAACGGGACGAAGAUGAACGAGUCAACAAUCCCCGCCUCUGGUCCGCUAAGAUGCGAAAGGAGUACGACGAUGCGAUCAACAAGAUCAAAGAGCGUAAGCGAAUGAAGGAGAUGCUUUCCGAUCGGAAAUCGCUGGCUGCGCAACAGAGGAUGAAAAAUAUCACUGCCCUCGCUUCCGAUGCUCCAGGAAGUGGAAGUGCAACACCGACAGGAGGAAGGAAGAGGAAGAAAGGUGGAGAUGAAGAUACCUUUGGUGCCAAUGAUGAUGAUUGGGCUGUUUAUCGAGAGAUCCAAAACGCCGAUGAUUCGGAAGAAGAGGAAGAGGCGUAUAACCAUCUUUCGACAAUCGAGAAUCGAUUGUUGACGCUCGAUCCCACUUUUGGACCUGACGACACCUACGCCGCCAGAUUGGCGAGGAAGAAUCGACUCACGCUUACAUUCUUCAAUGGUCCCGGUGGAGGAGAGCAAGCCUCCGUUGCACCCACAGGCACUCUUGCCACUGCAGCAACGGCAAACGACACUGAUCCGACGAAAGCGGACACAGAUCCAGAAUGCAUCAAACGACAGCACCAACUGCAUCUCAACGUAGAACGUAUUCGUGUUCCUGAAGUACUCUGGCAGCCGUCCAUUGCAGGCUUGGACCAAGCUGGGUUGGAUGAGAUCUGUUCGCAUGUCGUGCAUUCCUUUGAUCCUGAUGUACGCGCGAGGAUGUUGCAGAACAUUUUUUGUACUGGCAGGCAUACCGGCUAUAAGGGAUUCCAGCAGAGGUUGUAUUCGAGUAUCAGGGCAAUUCAGCCCAGUAACGUUGUCGUCAAGGUGAGAGCGGCGAGAGAUAAGAGGUUUGAUCCCUGGAAGGGUGUCGCGAAAUGGUGUGUGUGGGAGCAAGACUUAUUUACACGUACAGCGGUGACCAAGGCCGACUACGAAGAGAAGGGCAAGGAGUGGUUUAAAGAGCAUCCAUUCAGUGCUAACUGGAAGUGA